CGCUGGGUGCCCGGUGCCAGACUGGAGCAGCAGGUCCAUUACGAGCCUUUAGCGAGAAUCCAUCCGCCGCCCGUCGGGGGAGUGCGAAGUUCCUCGCGUUUGGAGACGGAGUUUAUCAUUAUUAGAUCACUGUUGCUCAUCAUUAUCAACGUUUCAUUUCUUUGAGGACAUUCGGCAGAUCAUUAUUGUCUUUUUCCCGAGUUGGAUCGCUUUCAUCUUCUUCUACUAUCUACUUUUUGUUCUGUACGCAGAGUCGUGUUUCAGGACAGAUAUUCUCUGGUGCGUCAAAGCUGCGCGGUUCCCUUUUUGAUUGGCUAGAUUUUACUGCGAUCAUGUGUGACUUUCCGUGGUAAGAACGGGGGACGCCCGCUCUGUGAAACGGCGCUGGACGGAUGGAUGGAUGGAUGUGUCCGAUCUAGGGCGCACUGGAAUAAUACAGUGAAGCAGCAGAGGAUCAGUGCUCUGCUCGGCUCUUUUUGUCUGGAGUUCAUCCUUUUUUGCCAUCUCUGGAAUUGUUGCAUUUAGUGGUGGGAACGUGCAGCAUUUCUUCCUCGGGCUUUGAUCACCUGCUAUGUGUCUGGUGUGGAAAAUACCUGGUGGAAGGUGUGCAGCGGGAUCCAGUCUGGAAGGACAGGACAUCUGCAGUUACUAAAGCUCCGUUUCUUAUUUAUCUCCUUUUUUUUUAAUCUGUGCGUAAUGCACGUGGAAUGAAGACAGAGGAUGGAUAUAAUUUGGGAACUAUUGAUCAUUCUCCAAGCCAAUUUCAUUGUCUGCAUAUCAGCACAGCCGAAUCCACCGAAAAUUCACGAAGGAUGGUGGGCGUACAAGGAAGUUGUGCAGGGGAGCUUUGUUCCAGUGCCGUCGUUCUGGGGGCUGGUAAACUCGGCCUGGAACCUGUGCUCGGUGGGGAAGAGGCAGUCACCAGUCAACAUCGAGACCAGCCACAUGAUCUUUGACCCCUUCCUCACGCCCAUAAAGCUGAACACAGGUGGACGCAAGGUGGGAGGGACGAUGUACAACACGGGUCGCCAUGUCUCUCUGCGACUGGACAAGGAGCAUCUGGUUAACAUCUCUGGAGGGCCGAUGACCUACAGCCAUCGUCUGGAGGAGAUCCGGCUACAUUUUGGCAGCGAGGACGGCCAGGGCUCCGAACACCUUCUGAACGGACAGGCCUUCUCUGGAGAGGUUCAGCUGAUCCACUACAAUCACGAGCUGUACACAAAUUAUACAGAAGCUGCUAAAAGCCCCAAUGGACUGGUCAUAGUGUCUAUAUUCAUGAAGAUUGCUGAGACAUCAAACUCAUUCCUGAAUCGAAUGCUGAACAGAGACACCAUCACAAGAAUAACAUAUAAAAAUGAUGCCUAUCUGCUAACCGGCCUGAACAUCGAGGAGAUUUACCCGGAGACGAGUAGUUUUAUCACAUACGAUGGAUCGAUGACCAUCCCUCCAUGCUUUGAGACGGCCACAUGGAUCCUGAUGAACAAGCCGGUGUACCUCACACGCAUGCAGAUGCACUCCUUGCGACUGCUGAGCCAGAACCAGCCGUCUCAGAUCUUCCUGAGCAUGAGUGACAACGUUCGCCCGGUCCAGCAGCUGAACAACCGCUGCAUUCGCACCAAUAUCAACUUCAGCAUGCAGGGCAAAGACUGCCCCAACAACAGGGCUCAGAAGCUCCAGUACCGAGUGAACGAGUGGUUGCUAAAGUAGCCUCCCUUGGAUGAGCAUGGAGAUGAGAUGGAGAGCGGGAGCGGGACGAGGCGAGGGACAGGAGGGGAGGAUGGAAAGAUGUGAAACCGGGCUUGAGGCUGCUUCUCAUCUAAGAUUAUUUCAUGGCAUUGUAUAAAGACAAACAACACUGGACAUUAUACAAAUUAAGGAACUUUGCAUUGCAAGCAAAGAGAUUCUUCUUUUCAUACAUUGAGAACAGUUUGAACCCUCGAUCUAACACAUGCUAACAAGCCCUUUCCCCCACUGUACAACUAUAUCUAUACAGACAUUUUGAUACCAAUACUUUUUUGGGAGAAAACCAAAAAAAGACACUUGGAAACAAGCUAAAAAAAUAACUUGGAAGCAUUUAUUUGAUAGCCUCCCAACCAAUAGGACAAUGUUGGACUUUAAAGCCUUUGUACAUAAAGAUGUUGCUAUCAGUGGGAAAAUCCAAGGACUAAGUCACUGCCCCCAUCCCUCCAGUCAAGACGAAGUGGUCACCAAGACUCACGCAGACUUUUCAUUACAGUCACCAACAAGGCAUGCAAUCAGCAAAAGCAACAGAGAGGGAGCACAGCCUUACCUUGUCAUUUUCCAAAACUAGAGUCAUGUCAUGGAAGACGAGUAAAUAUUUACAGGCUUUCUUAUGGCCUCAGAGCAACCAGUGUCUUGGCCUCGUUUGUACAUAUUAUAAUUAUCAAUACUGCAGAAAAAUGAAUAUGUAAAAAAAAAAAAAAGAAGUAAUGAAUUAACAUUCAAAAAUAUAUUAAGAGGAUUUUAAAAAAAGUUCAAAAGUUGAGAAUUUUAAAAAGCUUAGCACACUUUGAAUUCUGGAGCAGUUCUAAGUCUGAGCUGAUGCCUUUUUCUGUUUUAUUGUUUACAAUGGUCAUACACUGUGUUUGAGUAAUGUUAUCAGCCCAAUAAAUGUGUCUGGAAAGUUCACUUUGGAAAAUGCUUCACUAUAUGAGGAUCUGACUUAUUGUACCUGUACCUGUUUUGUACUGUUCCAUAUUAAAUGUGUUGAUAUGUCAA